GAGUUCUUCCUGGUAACAGCUGACGCUGUGGUCAUGUGACCUGUCCUCUGUUUUUAGAGCAGCUCUCAGUCAGACUGAGUCAGUUUGUCAGGAGAACUCAGGAACAUGGCUUCAUCCUUCCUCUGCCUCAGCCUCCUCUUCAUCAGCCUCAGCACAGCAGGUGGAUUCAUGAUGUAUUCGGUGGAUCGCUGUAACUUUAACUCCUCUGAGCCGCAGGACAUCGAGUACAUCAGGUCUUACUAUUUCAGGAAGGUUGAGUUCACCCGGUUUGACAGCAGUGUGGGGAAGUAUGUUGGAUACACUGAGUACGGAGUGAGGAACGCAGAGGAAUGGAACAAAGAUCAGGGAAACCUGGCUGCAAUGAGAGCUCAGAAGGAGACGUACUGCGUAAACAACAUUGGUAUUGACUACAGCAGCGCUCUGACUAAAUCAGCUAAACCCUACGUCAGACUUCACUCCACGGUAACUGCUUCCAGUCACCAUCCCGCCAUGUUGGUGUGCAGCGUCUAUGACUUCUACCCCAGUAAGAUCAAAGUGAGCUGGCACAGAAACGGAGAAGAAGUCACCUCUGAUGUCACUUCCACUGAGGAGAUGGCAGAUGGUGAUUGGUACUACCAGACCCACUCACACCUGGAGUACACACCCAGGUCUGGGGAGAAGAUCUCCUGUAAGGUGGAGCACGCCAGCCUGGAGAAACCUCUGAUCACUGACUGGGACCCAUCCAUGCCUGAGUCGGAGAGGAACAAGCUCGCCAUCGGAGCCUCAGGACUGAUCCUGGGUCUGAUCUUAUCUCUGGCUGGAUUCAUCUACUACAAGAGGAAGGCCCGAGGUCGUAUCCUGGUUCCCACAAACUGAGCCUGGAUCCUGGUUCUGUCUGAUGUUAUAAAAGCUGCUGCUUCCUGUGUUCAGACUGAUGAUGAUGAUGAUGACCUCUGUCCGGACUCUGAUCCAGGGCCAUCUCAGUGUUGUUGAUUGUUGUGGUUUCACUGGGAUGGUCCUGGAUCAGGUCUAAUGUAGACUCUGCUGUUUGAUGCUUUAUGUGCACCUCUGUUGUUUAAUCCAUGUAAUGUAACCCCUGUAAUCCACGUCUCUGAAUGAUUUGGGUGUUUCUGCUCAUCUGAUUACCAUAGAUCCACAUUUUUACUGGAGGUCAUUGUUCCAAAAUAAAUGACUCAAACUCUCA